UAAGAUAUGCUGUUGACGAAGAGGAUCUAAUAUGUUGGUUCAUUUAUGGCAUGAAAGAACUAUGUCGUAGCAAGGUUAUAGCAUUAAGUCUCACGUCAUUUGAAACAGCAAAGGUAGUUGCAGAGAUUAUGGAAAAACAUUGGUUAGAGGUAGAAAAUAAAGAAAUGAUUAGAAUUAUGAAUGAAGAAACAAGUGAGACGAAUCAUAAAGAUUUACUCGUUUUUUAUCAUAUUGAAGCUCUUCAGCAAAAUACAAAAUCAUCAGACGUAUAUGAUAGAAUGGACAUUGAUGAUAUUACAGAAACCGAGAGUGAUAAUGCAAACACAUUAGUAGUUGGAAAUUACGAUGAAUAUGAGAACAGUAAAAUAGCACUACAUACCGAACAAUUGAUAGUUAACUUAUCUGAUGCACAUAUUGAUGAAUAUAAGAUAAGACAUUCAUUAAUAAUCGAGAGACUAAAGUAA